CCACAGGUGGUUUCUUCGAUAAUUUUUCUCUUUUGCGUUCUUCAGUGAACGACCGGUGACGAGCGCGUAUCGACUGAUUUUAUUGAAGAGAGGAAGACAAGAUAAUUGCCUGUCAAAUAUAAUUACAAAAGAAACAAGGCAAGAGUCGGGAAGUCGAAUGUCGUUCAGCAGUGACAUUGUUAUUUAUUAUUAGUUAUUAGUAUUAAUUAUUCGUUUAUGCGGUUUAGUUGCUGAGUAAACUUGUGUAAAUUAAAAAUGAUUCCAAAAUUGAUAGUGUUUCUUGCAUUAACAGUGACAGUUCUAUCACAAAAUGCUGAGGAAUUUUUAAAAGUCGUAGAAAAAAGUGUCAAACAUGCCACGGAAAGGAAGGGCAGAAUUUUUAAUCCUGCUUAUGUUGGCAGCACUUACAAACAAUAUGCAGGGGCACAACACAGGCCAACCUUCCUUUACAAUCAACAGCCAGUAGCAGAAGAGAAGUUCGACUUUAUCGUGGUAGGUUCGGGAUCUGCCGGGUCGGUGGUGGCCAACAGGCUUUCAGAGAACCCGGACUGGAAGAUUUUGCUGUUAGAGGUGGGCGAAGAAGCUUCCUUUUUGACGGACAUACCGGCGAUAGCGCCGAUAUUUCAGUUCACGAACUACAAUUGGAACUAUUUGGCCGAGAAGCAGGAAAACGUUUGCUUAGGUCUGGACGGGCAACGGAUGGCAUGGCCCAGAGGCAGAGCCGUGGGGGGUUCCUCGAUCAUAAACUACAUGAUCCACGUUCGAGGAAACAGACGCGAUUACGACCGGUGGGCGGCAAGCGGCAACCCUGGAUGGUCUUACGAAGACGUGUUGCCGUACUUCAUCAAAUCCGAAGACGCAAGGGUGGAAAAACAAGAUGGCGAGCUGAGAGGUAGAGGUGGUUAUCUGACUGUCUCGGACGUUCCCUUUAGAAGCGAGUCUGCGCAUGCGUUUGUCAGAGGGGCGCAGGAAGUGGGGCACAAAUAUGUCGACUAUAACGGUGCAGAUCAACUCGGGGUUUCCUAUGUGCAAGCCGACCAAAGAGACGGUUACCGUUGCAGUACGGAAAAAGCUUUCUUGCGACCGGCUAGAGAACGCCCUAACCUAAAAAUCUUAGCCCAAGCUAGAGCGAUCAAGAUCCUCAUAAAUCCCAAAACAAAUUCGGCGUUUGGCAUCACCUACGUUAAAAACAGACAAUAUUUUAACGCGUACGCUAAAAAAGAAGUCAUUUUAUCGGCUGGAGCGUUCAAUUCACCGCAAUUGUUAAUGUUGAGCGGUAUAGGGCCUAAGGAACAUCUUCAAGAAUUAGACAUUCCAUUGGUGAAAGAUCUGCCAGUGGGCCAAAAACUUUACGACCAUCUGACAUUUUUUGGGCAAGUUUUCACGGUAAACCAAAGUAUUGUUAAUCUUCAAAAAGCUGUAACUCAACCCUCUGCCUUUGUGGAGCUUCUGUUUAAAGGAAGAGGACCUCUAACAAGUUUGGGAGGGGUGGAAGCUUUAGCCUACAUAAAAACGAAUGUAUCUAGAGACCCGGAUCCAAGUUUUCCUGAUGUUGAAAUAAUUUUCGUAGGUGGCAGUUUGAGCACCGAUAACGGAGAUUUUUACAGGAAAACUUUUAAAGUUUCCGAUGAAAUUUACAAUGCUGUGUUUGGGCCGUUGGAAAAUGGGUUCACCUGGAUGGGUAUUCCUAUGUUGGUUCAUCCGAGAUCCGUGGGCUAUUUGAAGUUAAAAUCGAAGAACCCAUACCAUUGGCCGAAAUUUUACGGAAACUACUUUACCGAUCCGGAAAAUCUCGACAUUAAAACCUUCAUUGCUGCUAUUAGAGAAGUUCAAAGGAUAUCGGACAGCCCUUCGAUGCAGAAAUACGGUUCGACACUGGUAACGACAAAAAUCCCGGGAUGCCAACACCACACCUUUAACUCGGACGAGUACUGGGAGUGUUCCCUGAGGCACAUCUCUGCGACCCUUCACCAUCAAGUCGCCACUUGCAAGAUGGGUCCGUCGCACGACCCUGAGGCAGUCGUCGACAGCAAGCUAAGGGUCUACGGCGUAAAACGGCUCAGGGUGGUCGAUUCCAGCGUCAUUCCAAUGCCGCCAACUGCGCACACAAACGCCCCUAGCGUCAUGAUUGGAGAGAAGGCUUCGGAUUUGAUCAAGGAAGACUGGAUCAAAGCUAAAGGGAAUAUAAGGUCCAAAGAUAUCAGAAGGCAUUCUCCAUAGGGAUUUUUGGCAUGAAAUAUGAUUACUUUAAUUUAAAAAAAACAUUUUCUGUGAAGUCUAGAUACCUAUAUUUUUUGUAGAUUGGGAAAGCAUCAUUCUCUUAAAAAAAUAUCUUCUUAGAAUGCAUUUUUAUAAAGAAUGUAUUCUUCUUAUUUUGCAGAACAUGUUUCCUUAUAAAGAGGCCCGACUGACUCUCAGGUAAAAAAAAUUAAAUUAAAUAAUUUAAUUAUUUAAUAGAUCCAGUAUAGGAAUGUUAAGCCAUAUUUGUUCUAUGAACAUAAUUAUAGCAAUAAGUAUAAAAUCCAAUAAAAAUAUUUUGAAUUAUAACUGGA